UAUUGUCACACAACCGAAACUUUCGAAGGUUCAGAGUGGAGGAAGCAUAUCCAAACAGGUGGGACCACGGAGCUGUAAAACCCCACAAAGAAGAAAAAAAUUACUAUUUCACUCAUUUGGCUUCAUCAUGGCUUCUCAGGGGCUUCAGAUUCUUGGUAUCCUGCUGUCCUUCAUUGGCUGGCUGGGCACCAUCAUCACCUGCGCUCUGCCUAUGUGGAGGGUCACCGCUUUCGUGGGGGCAAACAUCGUCACCGCACAAGUGAUCUGGGAGGGUCUGUGGAUGACCUGCGUUGUCCAGAGCACAGGACAGAUGCAGUGCAAGGUAUACGACUCCAUGCUGGCUCUACCUAGUGACAUGCAGGCUGCCAGGGCUAUGGUGAUCAUCUCUGUGAUCGUAGGGGUGUUUGGUAUGCUCAUGGCCGUUGUUGGAGGGAAGUGCACCAACUGCAUGGAGGACGAGGCGUCCAAAGCCAAAGCCUGCAUCGUCUCUGGGGUGAUCUUCAUUAUAACAGCCGUGAUGAUCCUCAUACCCGUCUCCUGGUCAGCUCAUGCAAUCAUCAGAGACUUCUACAACCCCAUGGUGAUUGCCGCACAGAGACGGGAGCUGGGAGCUGCACUCUACAUUGGGUGGGGUUCUGCAGGCCUGUUGCUUCUAGGAGGAGGUCUGCUCUGCAACAACUGCCCCCCAAAAGACAACAGACCGUACACGCCAGCCAAGUUCGGCCCUGCAAGGACCGUGUCAUCAAAUAUGGACUAUGUGUAAGCUCUUUGGUUAGAGGCAUUUUUAAGUCACUUUGAAAUAAUAGUAAUAGCUAAAAAAAAAAACAUUUCAUUUUAUUUCUUAGCUCUUUCUUAGUCAUGAAGUCUUUUUUAUUAAAUUGUGAUGAUUAAAAUAUUUUAGCAAGAUUUUUGAGUAGCCUUUUAAAGCCAUUAUUUAACCAAUGAUAUUUUACUUAUAUUUUGUCUUAUGAUAAAUAAGCAAAGCUAUGAUGAAUCUGAGUCGUGUGAACCUUUAUGAAGGAUGUACCAACCAGUCAGCCAGAAACUUGAAUCAACCAAAUUUCCCAUUGUCUGCUCUGAUUAUUGGAUCAAAUACUAAAAAAUCUCUUUUGCUUUUUUUUUUUUUUAAAGUACUUUUAUUAUUUUUAAUUUAAAAAAUAAACCGAAAUUAAGACCUCCAAGUUGUAAUGAUCUAUUUUUUUUUUGUUGGAUUUAGUUUCCAUACAUAUAGAAAAUCCUGAAGCACAUUAAAGGAAUUUUACAUUUUUGCAAGUGAUAAAAUUUUAAAGAUUUCAAAGAAAACAUCAAAUUCUUGCCCAGAAUAGCCUGGGUUGGGCAUUGCUUAUAUGUAAUGGUUCUAAGAUCUGUUUUUAACUGCACUAUUUCUCCACAAUGACACAAUUGUAAAUGGACAUUAAAUGAGCAGCACUGUAUGAAGAGUUGCAGAACACUGCAGAAUUUUCAAAUAUCUUCCAAAUGUCUUCAACAUAUGUUUAAAUUGACGUUUCCUCUGUGAGAACACUGUUUGCUGUGUGAUAAGACUCACAGGAAUCCAGCUGAGGAGCCGCCUGGGAAUUUACUGUAACCGACUGAGAUGUUGGCCAUGCUGUAAUGGACUGCGCUUGUGUGGAGACACUGAUUUAGUGUUUCUGUCUCGAGUAAAAUGGAUGUCACUGGGAAGACAACAGAGGGCUGCGUUUGCUUGAACCCAUGUUGCCAGGGAACAGUUUAAUGUGUUGAAAGCAUGAAUGUUUUCAGCUUGCUCUGUGAUAGGACAUCUGCUCAGCCUGGUUAGGAAAAUGCAAUGCUUUGAACAUCUUUAAUUCUUCACAUAUAGAUGCAUUUAUUAAGGAAUUAAAAGAUUUUUAAAAAGCCCAGCCAAAAAAGAACCUUACUGUUUAUCGCUUUUUUCAUUUUUUUUAGCACAAUGCUGGAAGAAAAUGCAGUUAUAUAACUAUUGAUGUGUCAUGUUUCACCAGCGGGUUUUAAUCUUUAGUUUGUAUUUUACCUUGAUUAAAAAAACAGUUUGGCAAAAUGAUUUCUUUGCUUUUUUUUCCUCAAAGGUCACUUUUAAAAGGAAUGUGCUGCCUUAGCUGUAUAAGAGUUAUAAGGUUAAAUUCAAAACCAUCACAUUUGCUGUCAAAAUGUUUCAUGAUGUUGCAAAUAAAAUAGAAUUUGAAUGUACUUUAAAA